ACACCAAAGAAGAAAAUUAGACGUAUGAUGAUGGGCUGAUGGAUACGAGCUGAUGUGUCCUAAACCCAGAAAUCACUGAAUCAGCUAAAAUAACUCAACCAUCAACAUUUACAGCUGCUACUCGGUGCUCUCUCAAAACAGUCGAGGCAAUGGCGGUUCGGGCAACGAUGACCCGAUUCCCAUCGGAUCCGGACGCGCAAGAGUCUUCGGGUCUACCCUGGGGCAUAACGUUGACUCCAUUCGCCGGUAAAGACGAGAACGGAAUUGCUCCGGUGUACGGAUCCGACGGCGACUUGCUUCCCCGAUGCGAGAAUUGCUACGCCUAUUACAAUACGUAUUGUGAUCAGGAACAGUGGGCCUGGACUUGUGCUCUUUGUGGAAAUCUUAAUGGACUUUCUUCUUCCACCAUUUCUAGAUACUCUCUCCCUCAUACUUGUGCUGAGAAUAAGUCCUCUUUUAUUGAUCUCGAAUUGCCUCUGGAAGGUUCUGAUGAAGAAGCCAUGCAGGCUCGACCAGUCUAUGUUGCUGCAGUUGAUCUGUCAUCCUCUGAAGAAUUUCUGGAACUCACUAAGAGUGCACUGUUGGCUGCUUUAGAAGCGCUUGGGCCGGGGUCACUUUUCGGGCUAAUCACUUUUAGCCACAAAAUUGGUUUAUAUGAUGUACAGGGGCCUAUCCCAGUUGUGAAGAAUGUCUUUAUCUUCCCAGAAUCUGAUGAAGCCACACCAAUGGAGCUUGAAGAUGUAAUGCCCUUGUUAUCUUUUUUGGCUCCGGUGGAUACCUGCAAGGACCGCAUUGCUUCUGCCCUUGAAACACUUAAACCAACAACCUCAUGGGAAAGAACCACAGCUGCGGGUCAAGGAUUAGAUGGAGUCUUGCUUGGUGGUCGGGGUUUUGGGGUCGCAAUGGAAGCUCUCUUCAGUUACCUUGGGUCUGAAUAUGGAAGUACAUUUGCAUUAGCCAGAGUGUUUGCCUUUUUGUCUGGUCCACCUGAUUAUGGAGCUGGGCAACUGGAUACAAAACGAUAUGGUGAGCAGUAUGCUAGCAAAGGAGAGGAUGCAGAUCGUGCACUUCUUCCAGAGCAGACACCGUUUUACAAGGAUUUGGCUGCUGUUGCUGUUCAAUCAGGUGUUUGUGUGGAUAUAUUUGCUGUUACAAAUGAAUAUACAGAUUUGGCAUCCUUAAAAUUUCUCAGUAUUAAUAGUGGAGGUUCAUUGUUUUUGUAUUCCAACACUGAUGACUCUACACUACCUCAGGACAUGUAUCGAAUGUUAAGUCGGCCUUAUGCCUUUAAUUGUGUACUGCGGCUGAGGACAUCCAAUGAAUACAAAACAGGCCAUUCUUUUGGUCAUUUCUUCCCCGAUCCACAGUAUGAGAAUGUUCAGCACAUCAUCUGCUGUGAUUCUUAUGCUACUUAUGCUUAUGACUUCGAUUUUGCAAAUGAUGUUGGAUUCUCCAGGCACACCUCAGAACUCCCAAUGAUACAGAUUGCAUUUCAGUAUACUGUUGUUAUUCCUCCAGAGGAACUUCCCGUAUCAGGAUUAAGCGGUUCAAGUAGAAGCAAGUAUUCUCUCAGCAGGAGACUGAGAAUUCGAACUCUGCAAUUCGGAACUGCUCAGAAUAUCAAUGAAAUCUACGACAGUGUUGAUCCUGAAGUUGUGCUCUCUAUACUUGUUCACAAGGUCAUAUUAGCAUCAUUGGAGCAAGGAGUUCGUGAGGGAAGGAUGUUGCUUCAUGAUUGGCUUGUAAUUCUUACGGCUCAGUAUAAUGAUGCUUGUAAAAAUGUCCAGUCAAUAGCUGCUCAUAUUGAUGCAGAGUUCAGUCAAUGCCCACAAUUGCAGCCUUUACCUCGCCUGAUCUUUGCAUUGCUUAGGAAUCCUCUUCUUCGCUUCCAUGAAGAAGGUGUUCACCCUGACUAUCGAAUUUACCUACAAUGCCUAUUCAGUGCACUAGAACCAAGUUCUCUUAACCGUGCCAUAUAUCCACUUCUUACAUCAUUCACUACGCCGGAUGUACAAGCUUAUCCUCGACAUUCUUUGAGUCGUGCUGCACUAAUAACGAGUGAAAGUCCAAUCUUUUUCCUUGAUGCAUUUACAACCCUUAUUGUGUUUUACUCAUCUACAGCUGACUCUACACUGCCUUAUCCUCCGCCACAAGACUGUUUACUGAGAACAGUCAUUAACAAACUGAAACAAGAGAGAAGCAUCACUCCGAAACUAAUAUUCAUCCGCGGAGGACAAGAUGAUGCCACCCUGUUUGAGAAUUAUCUUAUUGAGGAACAAGAUGUUGAUGGUAGUGGUUUCACAAGCAUGAUGGGGCUACUUUCCUUUUUGGAUGAGAUCAAGCACAGUGUCCUAGAAUACAUGAAAUAUUGAGCUGAUGCAUGAUGGAAUAGCUUGCACUUUCUUUGGGCUAUUUGGCUCUGCCUCACUGCCAAAUGAUAUCUAUAAUUAAAAGAAUCACACAAUGAAUGGAGAUAUUAGCAUGUCAGUCAUUGAGUUUUAAAAUUUAAAUAGGAAACUCUUUUCACAGAACAUAGAUAAUAAAUUUUUCCCUUGUUCCUACAUAUCUGUACUCUUUUAUUCUCACAUCUAUCUUGAAUUAUAUGAUUUGUACA